AUGCUUCUGUCAUCCGAGCAUUCAGAUCAGGCGUCCGAGAUCGACGAUGCACUGAGGCGCAAGGAGGGAAAAAGCAAGGCGGGGGAUGAGAAGAAGAAGUCGACCGAUAAGGAUGCACCAGAGUCGAGCAAAAAGAGAAGCCGCAAGAAGCAGAUCACCUUUGAUGCCGCAGAGUUCGACACCGCCUACAAUGCCAUCAUUGGGAGAACUGCACUCGCAAAAUUUAUGGCGGCGUUGCAUUACGCAUACCAAGUGCUCAAAAUGCCAGGACCGAAAGGGACAAUCACUAUCCAGGGGAACACCAAGUUGGCAGUACAAUGCGACAAGCGGAGCCUCGACAUGGUCGAGCAUACUCCUAACCCGCCCGCCACAACCGAAAACCCCAAGAAAGUGAGCAAGCCCAAGAAGACACCAAAACCAGAUGGCGCCAUCAAGAUCAUCCCACUGUCUAGCUCCAACCCCGACAAAACUGUCAAGAUUGGGGCAUCGUUGGACGACAAAUAG